CAAUGUAACUGUCUCUGUAGUGCAUUUGCUUCUGUGGACUGAGGGGCUUUUAGUUCAGAAAGACCUGAGCCAGCUGGGCGGCAGUAAUACCAUGAGGGUCUCAGGAGAGUUGUAUGGUUCGCCUUCUGCAUGUGGGAAACCACAGUGUUUGCAUACGUGUGUUGUUGGGAACGGUCAGGCUGUGGGACCAGAAGCCAAGCCAAUAAACACAGAGAAGACAGUGACAGGCUGGUGAGGGUCCCCCAUCCCAGCACCCUCCUGGGCCUUGCACUCAGGACCGUGUGCAUGAGAGCUUCCCCUUUGAAGCAGGACAUGGAUGUAGCAAGUCCCGGAACACCCCUGACCCCACACUUCCUGAGCACUGUGCCGGCUGCAGGCUCUGCCCUUCACCCUCUACCCGCUGGUGGGGCAGGUGCAGGCCUGGCCAUGGGCCCCCGUGACAGCCCCCUCCUGGUCCUGGUGCUCUGUCUGGGCCAGACCGUCCACACGCAGGAGGAGGCCCUGCCCAAACCCUCCAUCAGGGCCGAGCCGGGCCCUGUAAUCCCCCUGGGACAGCCUGUGACCAUCGUGUGCCACAGCCCAGCCUGGGCAGAGGUGUUCCGUCUGGAGGACGAGGACAGAUCUGUCCAUGGGGAUCAGACUGUGACUAUCCCACAUGACUUUAACGGGACAGAGGCCAGAUUCCACAUCCGCGCAGUGAGUGAGGACACCGCCAGGAGUUAUUAUUGUCGCUACCGCAAAGGGCACAGCUGGUCUGAGCCCAGUGAGAUCCUGGAGCUGAAGGUGGCAGCCUCCGCCUCCCAGAAUUACACGGUGGGGAACUAUGUUCGCAUCGGCCUGGCUGGCGUGGUGUUGCUGAUCCUGGUGGGGAUUCUGGCAGAGGCUGCACACAGCUGGCACAGGUGGCCACACAGACCACAGGGAUGGACACAAGAAAGUGAACGCCAGAGAAAUUAGACUCCAGGCCCCAGGAGGACCCUCCCCCAGCACCCUAGGCUCCCACUGGACCCCAGAGGACCCAGAGCCACCCCCGUUCUGUGAAUUUGACAGUGCUCCAGGUGAGGCUGCCCCGUGCCUGGGACUCUGUCCUGGGAAGUGGCAGGAGCAGCAGGGACCUGCCUCCUGUGUGGUCCGUCUCCUUCUCCAGGGUUUGGCUCUGAGUCAGACACUCACCCCACUCACAGCCCAGCCCCACUGCUGCCCGGGUCUCCUCCCUUCUCUCCUGGGUCUCAGACAGGCCCCAGGUGUCUGCAGCCUCUGCCCCCUCUUCCUCUCCUGGAGCCCUGCCUUCUCACCUGCUCUCU